ACUGUCGUCACAUACACAAUUGAUCUCAUCUUCCAAUCCUCCACAAUUUUGCAUAAUCGAUUCUUGUUGCUAUGAAGAGAAAAAAGUUGCCGGAGAGAGAGGAGGUCCACGAAACUCAGAGCAAGAAGAGUAGCUUCUCCAAGUCCCUGUCUCCAGGACAAAAUUGGAAAUCGAAAUCCAUGAGGAUUAUUCCUGAAGAGAUAUUGAGAAGCAUACCUAAGGCUUUUGAGCACAGGGUGGUGUUCACUGUUCCUUGGAACAAUUCCUGGCAACUCUGGCUCCAGGGAGACAAGAAUUGUCUGUUUAUGAUAAAAGAAGAUUGGGAUGAGUUUGUUGAUGACAACCUUUUAGCUUCAGAUGAUACUUUGCACUUCACACACCAAGGCACUAUGUAUUUCCAAGUCCGGAUCUUCAAGAAAGAUGGUAAAGAGAUCAUCUCUGCACCUCUUGAAGUUGAACCACCCCAUAAUUCUCACCAAGAGACAACUCCUGCCUCUGCAAGUGGAGGAGGGAGAAAGAGUUUUGCUCAUGUAGAAAACCCUGAGCGAUACCUUUUUAAUCCCAGCAACCCUUACUUUGAGAAGACGCUGACCAAAACUAACACUGCCCUGUAUGUGAGUACUCCGGUGGUUAAGAAGUAUGAGUUGGAGUUUGGUCCCCGCAAUUCCUCUAUGCACUUCCUUCUCCCUGACGGAAACAAAAUGGAGGGAUUCAAUAAGAUUUACAGCGGUUUACAUGCUUUCCUUGGCUGGGCAGAUGUAUGCCAAAAGUACAACCUCAAACAAGGAGACACUGUGGUUUGUGAAUUUGAACUCUCUGGACGUGUGGUUACUGCUGUAAGAGUGCAUUUCGUCACUGCCUCUAACUCUGCAAGUGGAAGACAAACUAGUCGAGGGAGGCAGAGUUUUGAUCAUGUUGAAAACCCUGAGCGAUACCUCUUAAAUCCCAACAACCCUUACUUUGAGAAGACACUGACGAAAACAAACAGUGUUCUGCAUGUGAGUCCUCCGGUGAUUAAGAAGUAUGGCUUGGAGUUUGGUCCUCAUAGUUCCUCCAUGGACUUCCUUCUUCCCGAUGGAAGCAAAAUGGAGGGCUUCACUAAGAGUUACUGCGGUUUAUAUGGUUUCCUGGGAUGGGCAGCUGUAUGUCAAAAGUACAACCUCAAACCAGGAGACACUGUGGUUUGUGAAUUUGAACUCUCAAGAGGUGUGGUUUCAGCUGUUAGAGUGCAUUUCGUGAAUGAAUAACAUGACAACUCUAGUCUCCUUCUUAUGAGUCAGGUUUCUAAAUAUAGUUUUUACCAACCUAUUAUUCUAAUGCUAGAUGUGACCUCCAUGUUGGUAUUCAACAAAUUUGUAGCAAUAAACUUGAUCUUUAUGUUGGUUUAACUGACUUGCAGUGCUAAAUUUCUUAUUCUU